CCCCCCCCUGCUAGGCUCGGUUUUGCUUGCUAAAUUCUGGUAGUGUUUUGGCCAAUUUUGGAAGUUGGAGUUACUGUUCAAGGGUACUGUUCAAGGGUACUGUUUAUAGGCACUGUUCACACAUCGAGGGUUAACGAUUAAUGGGGAUUUAAAGGUUUAGUUUGUGAUAUAAGAAUGAGUUUGGAGAUGUCCGGUUAUGUGGAGAUUGAUAGAAAUAGCACUAUGAUUAGAGGUAGUGCUAAUGAUGAUUUUACUGUGAAUUUGUGGUUGUGUGGCAUUAAUUGUGGAAUAUUGUGAUUAGGUUUUGAUUGUUCUGUCACCGUAGCGCUUGGGUUAGCCUUCUGUUCUGUGCGAGUGAGGUAAGUAAAUUAUGGUAAAGCCCUUUGAUUUUAAAGCAUGUUUUAAACUGUUUUUGAGAUGGUGGCAAGCUUUAAAUUGAUUUUAUCAGCAUCUGAGUGUGAUUUAAACCGAAAUGGAAAUUGUGAUGGUUUUUCUGAGAAUUUCAUUGUUUUCUGGAAUUGAGCAUGAUUGGAAUGAAAUUGUUUUCAUUGCAUCGAGUAGAGCAUGCUUAUUUGGAAUUGACUGAACUGUUUUGAUGAACUGAGAGUUUUGUAAAUUAUGAUUUUCUGUUAAAUCCAUGCCCACAUGGAAUUUUUUGGUUAUUUCUGAAAUUAUGGAUUUCGAUUCUGAAAUUUGGGAUUUCGAUCGUGAAUUAUGGAUUUCGAUUGUGAAUUAUGGAUUUCUUUUGUAAAUCUUGCAUGAUUUUGUCUCUGAUGUGGUCAUGUUAUUGAUGAUCCUGCUAGUGGGGGUUAAACGCUAGCACAUCUCGGCACAUGUCGAUAUGUUAUUGAUGAUCCUGCUAGUGGGGGUUAAACGCUAGCACAUGUCGGCGCAUGUCGAUAUGUUAUUGAUGAUCCUGCUAGUGGGGGUUAAACGCUAGCACAUGUCGGCGCAUGUCGAUAUGUUAUUGAUAGAACCGGUUCGUUCCUGUAACCUUGCUAGUGGGGGUUAAACACUAGUAAUUUCUGACGCCUGCCACUGGGCGAAUACAUUGGCACAUUCCGACGCCUGCCAAUGGGCGAACACAUUGGUAAAUUUUUGUCGCCUGCCAGUGGGUUGUUAUAACACUGGCCAUGACUUAUAGAUGAGACUACUGAACUGAGUUUUCUUCUGCAUUAACGGUUUUGUCAUUGAACGUUUUGCUAUUGAACUGAAUUUGAUUUUUGCAUUAACGGUUUAUCAGUGAAAGUUCUGUUAUACUUACAUGGUUUAUCUGGC